AUGAGCCCCCGCCGUGGCUGCUGCGCCUGCUGCUGGCUCCUCCUCCUCUCCUUGGGAGUCCAGCGGGCCCCAGGAUACCCCAGCGCUGCCCCAGAGCAAGUCCAUCUGUCCUACCCAGGUGAGCCGGGCUCCAUGACGGUGACCUGGACCACGUGGGUCCCCGCGCCAUCCGAAGUGCAGUUCGGGCUGCAGCCGUCGGGGCCCCUCCCGCUGCGGGCGCGGGGCAGCGCGCGGCCCUUCGUGGACGGCGGCAUCCUGCGGAGGACGCUCUACAUGCACCGGGUGACGCUGCGCCGGCUGCUGCCGGGGGCGCAGUACGUUUACCGCUGUGGCAGCGCCCAGGGCUGGAGCCGGCGGUUCCGCUUCCGGGCCCUGAAGAACGGGGUCCACUGGAGCCCCCGCCUGGCUGUGUUUGGGGACCUGGGGGCCGACAACCCCAAGGCCUUCCCCCGGCUGCGCAGAGACACCCAGCAGGGCCUGUACGACGCCGUUCUCCAUGUGGGAGACUUUGCCUACAACAUGGAUCAGGACAACGCACGCGUCGGGGACAGAUUCAUGCGGCUCAUUGAACCCGUGGCCGCCAGCUUGCCGUACAUGACAUGCCCGGGGAAUCACGAAGAACGCUACAACUUCUCUAACUACAAGGCCCGAUUUAGUAUGCCAGGGGACAAUGAAGGCCUGUGGUACAGCUGGGACCUGGGCCCCGCCCACAUCAUCUCCUUCUCCACCGAGGUGUAUUUCUUUCUGCAUUAUGGCCGCCACCUGGUCCAGAGACAGUUCCGCUGGCUGGAGAGCGACCUCCAGAAAGCCAAUCAGAACCGGGCGGCGAGGCCAUGGAUCGUCACCAUGGGCCACCGGCCCAUGUACUGCUCCAACGCCGACCUGGAUGACUGCAGGUGGCAUGAAAGCAAGGUCCGCAAAGGCCUCCACGGCAGGCUGUACGGGCUGGAGGAUCUCUUCUACAAAUACGGAGUGGACCUGCAGAUCUGGGCUCACGAGCACUCCUAUGAGCGACUGUGGCCAAUUUACAACUACCAGGUGUUCAAUGGCAGCCUCAAGUUUCCCUACACCAACCCUCGAGGCCCGGUCCACAUCAUCACAGGAUCCGCGGGCUGUGAGGAGCGACUGACCCCCUUUAGCAUCUCCCCGGGGCCCUGGAGCGCCCUGCGCGUGAAGGAGUAUGGGUACACCCGGCUGCACAUCCUCAACGGGACCCACGUCCACAUCCAGCAGGUGUCUGAUGACCAGGAUGGGAAGAUCGUGGAUGACGUCUGGGUGGUGAGACCCCUGGUUGGCCGGAGGAUGUACCACUAG